CAAAGCCAACCUUCAAAGGAAUAUCAAUUUAUCUUAAGACUAACCAGAUUCUCCGAUUACAAAUUAGUUUAAAUUAACGGCGGUAUCCCUGGUAAUGGCAUCGACAAAAUAAAAGUAAAAGUCGUUCGGUACGCGAACCGAAAACAUCCAAUCCCCCCCGUACAGGCAAAAACGUCGCGCGCUUCGUGCUUUCACCGCGCCGGGACGCCACCGUCGCGCACUCUCAUUGGUUAAUUGGGAAUCAUCAUAGUGGCGGAAUCGCGAAUGUUUUGAAUAUUUGGGUAAUCGGCGAUUAUCCAAAAAUAAAAGCCACCCGAGACGAGCGAAGUGGCCGCGAAACGUCCAACCGUCCACCCAAAACACCAAGCCGCACCAGGUGCGGCGUCAUUUUGGGCGCAACUCGUUCCCGGGGCGUGUGGAGGCAAAGCGUACGUGACAAUGGCCGUGCAGAUACGGUCCCACUUGGCCAGGAAUCGGUCGUCGAGCGGCAAACCGUGGCUGUGAGACGCAACAUCGACGUGUCAGUGCGGCCGCGGCGUACAUUUCGGCUAAAAUACAGUGCAGUUUUUGUUUGGGCAGGGAAAGUUCAGUUUGUUUUGUGUGGUACACGGUGUUCACGGGAACAACCUAUGGAUUAACCAGCUCGAGCGGGUAGUACAGAGAUGAAAUGUUCGAGAGGACAUCAAACGCAGUUCAGAACGGUUCAAGGAAGGAAUUUGAUUACGUCGAACAGCAGAUGGGGGAGCGGCGAUGACACGCAAGACGCGAACCCGGAGACCGCGUGUCCAGUCGCUGCAGUCGGGAUACUGUGAGAUCUGUCACAUACCUUACAACAGCAUCGAGGAUCACAUCCAGUCCAAACGCCAUCAGAAGCUGAUCGGCGAGGAUGCCGGCUACAUCGCCAUCAAUGGAUUCCUCAAUCCGGACGCCAACAUCGGGAGGUUCCUGAAUCUGAACAUUGAUACCACCCUAGCCAAUGGCACGUUAGAAGGCGACCUAUCGCCACGACUCCGCCGCAGGAAUAUGCGCACGCGCGCAGCCUCGGUAAUAAGCGAACGGCCGCCCGUCAAGCCUUCGCCUCUAUCGCCCGCCCACAGCGAGAUCAUUGUGGGUCACCACCACCUGCGCUCGCGCAGGAACAUCAACUACAUGACGCCGCCCCUCGACGAUGACAGUCUGACAGAGGCGGAUAAAGCAGAAUUGUCGCCUCCGCCGCCUCCUCCAGUCACCGCCCCACCCACGCCACCACCGGCUGAGACCGCCAACCGGGAGUUGAGGUCUAGUGCCAGAGUGCAAGCGAAACUGAUCGAGAGCCAGGAGAAGCACGAUGAGGUAUGGAACUCAGGAAGACCGAAGCGGUCGUGUAUCAGCCGACAAAGGCGCACCUCCACCGACGAGCGACUGCUGGCGGAAAACGCGAAAACGUACUACAAGGUGGAGGUACUGUCUUCUAAGCUGCGACAAUCCCAAACGAGGGAACUGGAAAUAUCAAAGCAAUGCAGCAAAGGAGAGGACGAGAAGGAAAAGGGCCUGAUCGUUAAGUUUAAGAAGUUGAGAAAUUCCGAGCUGGUACAGCUCAACAACGAAGCAACCAAUUUCCUCUUCCCCACAAAAAAGGAAGAAUCCAGCGAGGAGGACGAAGGGGACCCGGAUGCGGACGGUGCGAACACGACCGCAAGCACGGGUAAGAUCAACGACAGCACGUUGCUGAUGUCGAGUGAGGAGGAGGAACUUAAGUCGCCGGCUAAAGUAAAAGUGGAAGACGACGCGUCAAUGGACAGCGUGAGCUCCGAUGGAAAGAAGCUGAAGAAGAAGAGACGGACUCACGCCGAGGCCUUUAUCAUGGACAACCACAAGUAUUACAAGUUCGAGAUGCCGGGAAGCAGUUCUUGCAGGUUGAGGUACCAGGGCACGUUUAUGCCGCCCUCAGGCGGUGAAGCUAAAACUCCGCGAAGUAACGGUGACUUGCCAUCGACGGAGACGAAAGUGGAAAAGGAGGAUGUAGAGGAGGAGAAACCUCCCGAGAAGAAGAAACGGCUGUGUCUUUCCGACUACAAAUUUUCCUUUGAAAGAGUACCUCGGAACGAACAGUGGUACGAUACCUUUAGGCGACAAGACACGGGAGAAAUGCGGUAUCCUUAUUACAGUGAUUUUUUCUGGGACUCGUUCAUAUUACCAUACCAGAUGGGCCCCAUUCCGCCUUUGGACCCGAAAAAGUGCCUCCGCUAUUACAGCCACAUAAAACAGCUUUUAGCCGACCCGCCUUCAUCAUCCUGCACAUCGGGCGGCUGCACGACGCCCGACCCUUCGGCGGCGAAUUCCACGUCGUCCCUAAAGGAUGGCGAUUGCCAAGAUGAGGAUAGUAAGACGAGCAUGGCCACGACCAGUUCGUCAAGUACAACGGACGAUGUAGAGCAACCGACAAAGAAGCGAAGUAGAAGGAACACGACAGGAGUGACACAAACCGUAGGGAGAAAUCCCCGAAAAAGUCCUAGGCAGCACGCCUCAACCCUGGCGAUACUCAGCAGUAUUAUUCAACAACGGAAGAGAAAGUCUAAAAGUGUGGAAAAGCAGUUACCGGUCAUCGACGAGGAGGUUAGGAAAAGUCCAUCACCAGUACCUCCACCCCCAGAAGAGGUGCCCAAAGUGGAGAGGAGGGAAGAGUCGCCCAGGAAGCGGCAGCAAAAAGUCAUCGUGUGUUCCAGAAAACCUCGUGCGGCCAGGCGGAAACCUGUAGUGAAGGUGGACUAUAAUUUGAUAGCCAGCAAGAUCGAGGAUGAGAUCAACACGACGUUGGAGGAGGAUGAGAACUUUGAAGAGAUUGACAUUGAACCAGACAGUAUUGACAUUAAGGAUGACCGCGUGAACGCCAUGGACAUCCUCUCACUUUACGACGCUGCCUUAGAGAAAGAAGACGAGCGCACCACCAGGCGAUUCUUCAAUGGCACGCCGGGCAGGAAGCCGGGUCGACGGAAGAAAAAGAACAACAAAACCGGGUGGCCGAAUAAGAAUCGGCGCCAACUUAAGCGCGAGUUCACCGAGGUCAACGUCAAAGAGGACGAGGAGGAGGAAGGGGAGGGCCAGGGCGACGAAAACAGCGCGGUGGAUUCGGGUAGCGAAAAGGACUCGGCCGACGAGGAGGACGCGCAUUCGACUGAUAGUAUUAAAAAGCCUGCCGGUGCGAAGUGUGACGAAACGAGUGGCGGUGAAAUUGCGGACGCUAAUGUGGAGAACGCGGCGGUGGCGGCGACCGAUGACUGUGAUGACGACAGGGUAGAAGCGGAGCACGCGAAAGAAACUAAAGAGACAAAUGAAGUGACUCAAGUGGACGCCGUUCAGUACCAACCGUACGUGUGUGUCCAGAAGUUGGCCAGCGACAAAAUAACGAAGGACAAGACGUCGCCGAAGCGGACGACGAGCAGGCGGCAGAGGCGAAUGCCUGGUUCUCCCAAAUCGCCGAGGAUGUUGCGUAAACCGCGUGGACGGUGGUAUAGGGAGAGAUAAAAGUGACGGCGCGCAGUUCCGGCCUCGUGAUCCAACACAGUUUGCGAUUCGGUUUGUGCUGUUGAUGUAUGGAUGCAGUUCUUAUUUGAGUUGAUAAAUCUGGAAUUUAUUAUUAGUUCGGCACUGUUUUUGGGCAUCAGACAUGUUACGUUAUGUCGCUUUUCCACAUAUUGUUGAUUUUGUUCAUUGCACUUGUAUUUUAGUAACGUUAUGUUGUUUAACAUUAAACUAAAUUUAUCAUAAUAUAAUGGUGUGGCUGAAAACAUGCGUAUAAUGAGAAAAGUUUAAACUGUGUUGGAUUUACGAGUGCAAAAAUGAAUGUGCCAUUCCUUAACAGUUUUUUCAUGUUGAAUACGUUAAUCUUCGGGUUUUUUUGAUGUUUUUUCUUGCGAAAAUUUGUUAAUUGAGUUUUUGUUGUACCUAUUUGUCAGUUUGUUUGAGAAAUUUGUUAAUGAAUGGAUUCUAGUAUAUAUUAUUUAUUUAUCUUAUAUAUGUCUCUUAUUUUAGAGAUUGAAUUCGAAUAUUUUGUACCAAAACUAUAUAUUUUAAUUUUAUAUUGAUAAAACUAUAUUAUUUUGUAAAUGGAUCGAAUAGUGCGGCAAAGUUUACUAGAAACUAUUUUUUAUUUGUACAUAAAUAUGAUAAAUUCUGUGUUAAACCAGUUUGCAGCACUGUUCUAUCCCAAAAAUUAUAUCUGUUCCAGAACAAAGCAUUUUUUUAAUAAAAUCAUUGUUUAAUA